CGUUUCUGAAAGAUAUUUUUUCACAAUGUUCUUUUUUAUCAUGUCAGUCAUUUAAAACGAUUUAGUUUCUCUAUCCACCUCUUUUAUUUCAUAUUUUUUUGUUUCAUUAUUUGAAAGCUAAGUACAUCUGACUCACCUUUGUAACAAUGUUGAACCAGGAAGUCCAGCCGUAUUUAUUCUUUCCUCAUAUCAGAUCUUGUGGCGUUUAAAGCAGGAAGGUGAGGGUAGCUGAGGACAACGCACAGGUGUGGUUUACAGUCAGUUUUCAGUUACAGGAGUGUGUGUGUGAGAAGAGAAACUGCUGUGUUUUAAUAAUAAAUGACUCCAGAUAUGUUCGAACCAGGAUUGAAUGGGAUCAUGGAAAGGACCACUAACUUGGACCAAGGAAGCUUCCUACCUCCUGUGAAGAGGAAGAAAACGGUGAAAGAGCUGCUAAUGCUGAAGCACCAGAAAUGGAAUUGGUCACAGGAGGGCAACGACAUGGAGUAUCAACUCAGAUGUGUAAAUCCUGAAACCUUUGGCCGAGAUUGUAGUCCCUGUGUUUUGAGCCCGGGCGACAGCCCCUCUCUCUUCCCUCCCGCUUACCCUCAAAGUGUCCACACACGACAACACACGCAAUAUCCAGCUUUUCAGGAGCAAGUGGCUCCAACAGCUGAGGCCGGCAUGUCGUUAUUUCACUGGCAGAUCCAGGUAGAGGCACAGAGAGUUGGUGAGGUUUCACCUGAGGUGCUGAAUAUGCAAGAUCCAGAUGGGGACACAUGUCUGCACAUAGCAGUGGCUCAAGGCAGACGAGCUCUGGCUUAUGUGUUUGCUGCAGAAAUGGCAAGAUGUGGCACUUUGGACAUGAAAGAACACAACGGCCAGACAGCUCUGCAGAUAGCGACUGUCACCAAUCAACACUUGAUUGUCCACGAUCUGCUGACCUUUGGAGCGCAAAUCAACACCUGUGACUCAUGGGGGCGCUCUCCUUUACAUAUCUGUGCAGAGAAAGGGCACUUUUUCACUCUACAGGUAGAAACUCAGAUCAGUGAUUCUUUAGAUACAUACAUGAUUUGUUUUAUUUAUUUAUAUUGACUCGUUGGUAAGAUUGAUCCCA